AUUAUUCGAUGUCCAAGUUUCACUUUGUUUUCAAUUAUUAAUCAGCAAUGUUUCUAAUUAAAUAUUAAUUGUUUUGCUUUUCUACCGUAACUGUUGACAGUUCUAAGUACCUGAUUGACAUUAAUUCCUGGCAAUAAUUCAAAUGGAUGCCUAUUGAGAUUGCACCUUUUCCUGGAAAUUUUGGUUCAUUUGUAUCCAGCUAUGGUCAAAAUGUACAAAUCCUUCAACAUCCAGUAUUAUCUUAAAAGUUGAUUGGUAGCUCUCUUUGCUUUGUGUUGGAACUCGGAGAGAGAUUAAAUUAAAUCAUUUCAUCAAAUGGAGACAAUAGGCUUUAAUUCUUAUCAGCUUUUCUUAUAAUAUAUUUAUCAUUAUCGAUUCCCAAUGCAGUUUGCUGCCUUCGCUGAUCAACCAAAGAAUCUUUAAUCAAUGUUAUUUUCAACACAAUUUUUUUUCAUCAUCAUGACCUCUUUUUCCCUGACUCUCCAAUUUUGUAAGUCAAUAUCCUGAAAACCCUUCAAGGUCAAGGUUUCCCUUUUCAUCAAUUACUUCAUGGAGUUGAUCAAAUCCAAAUUGGGUUGAUUGUAGACCAGUCAUACUAUAGCCAAUACUCCUUUCAUUUAUCCAAUUGCAAAAGUUGGUUUAUUGUCUGAUGAAAAGUUUAUUUCAUUAAAUGAUGCUCCCAAUUGAUAGCUUAAAGGCUAUUUUGUGGGUAUAUUUUAUAUCCAAUUCAUCAAUAAUCUUUCUCAUUUGUUCAGUCUUCAUCAAUGAUAAUUAAAUCUAGUCAUGAGUUAAGCUGGAUUUCAUGUUCCCAUGAAACGAUAAAUGUAUUCCUGGCAAAAUCAUUGCUAAUUUAAUGAGAAUAUUGUCUGAUAUCCUUUCUCGUCAGAAAAUUCAUUCUAAUCAAACUUUAAACCCUUUUCCAUCAAAGUCAAAUCAUCAAACGAUGCGAUUUAUGAGAUAAAACAAAAAAUAGUUACAAUGUAUUGUAAGUGCAGAUCAAAACUUUACAGCGAGAUUUGUCAAGAUUUACUUGCAAUUCAUGAGAAUUUUUUAUUCUCUCCAACUUAGCGGGAGAUAUUUCCUUUACCUUAUAAUGAUAAUGAUGAUGAAGAAGAUAAUGUUGAUGAUGAUGAUACAAUCUUUAUGCAAAUUAACUGAAAUGGUAAAGUUGAAUUUCCCUUUUAGGAUAAAAAACCUUUCAGUCUUUCAAGAUGCAAAUAGGAUGACAUAAUCAAAUUGUAUUACACAUAGUAAAUUAUCUUCGAAUAUUGACUGACCAUGUAUGUAACCGUAACCACUUGGUUAAGUACCUAUCAAAAUUACCUAAAACUUCGAGUUUUUAUUGUAGUUUCAAGUGAAAUAUUGAAAAUGGGUAAAAUGAAAGAGUUGAUUGCAAUUGCUAAAGAUUCUCAUUUGGAGUUUUUUAACUUAGUUUUCGUCUUUGGUUUAACAAUCCAAUCAACUGUUGUAACUCAAAUGAUUGAAGACAAAAUUUGUCUCAACCAAUAUGGCUUUAGAUUGGCCGAUUGUGCUGAUGAACAUUCAGAUGCCAAGAUCGCAGUUCUUAGAGAAGCUUCAACCAUUUCUAGUUAUCGAUCAAUACUGAGCGGUUUACCAGCCAUAGUGACAACUCUUUUCGUUGGACCAUGGAUCAACAAUUAUCCAAACCAUUUAAAGUUAAUCAUUGUAAUGCCUGCCAUAAGUUCAAUACUGCAAGUCAUGUUUCUCACUGGAAAUGCCAUCUUUUUUUCAUUGGAUCCAAAAACAGUUUUAAUUGUUGACUUGAUUCCAUGGAUUUUUGGUACUAUUAAAGGUUGCUUUAUGGCUCUUCAAACUUACAUUGUUUUAACAACUCAACCUGAUAAACAGAUCCUCAAGUUUUCAAUGUGUGAUGUUGCUUCUUACAUUGGUGGUAUUGCUGGUCAAUAUACUGGUGGAGCCAUUUUCGCACAAAAACCUUGGUUUAAGAAUCAAGUCUCUAACUAUCUCGGAGUCUUUAUUGUCUCAUUGAUAUUCAAAAUAUCUGCUGUGAUUAUAUUCAUUAUAUAAUAACUGCUCCUUCGGUUUACAAAUUGAAUGAGAAACAAGCAGCUAAGGAUCCAAAUCAUGUUAAUCAUGGACUACCUUUCAGGAGACAUAAGUCUGAAGAGGAAAAGCAGAGUCCCGUUAAAGAGUUUGUUUCAAAAGUAUUUUCCUUCUCGGCUAUUUGCAAAUUAUUUCAAACGUUGACUAAACCUCGAGAAUCAGGGAAGCGUGGAGUACUUUUAUUUUUGGUCGGUAUUGCAGUUGUUCGGAGUGUAGAGUAUCCAUUUAUAAGAAGCAACUUUUAUCUAUUUGCUCAACGUGCAUAUGGAUGGUCAAAUUAUGAAUACUCAAAAUACAGUGCAAUUAAUGAUUCCAUUCCAGCGCUCAUGCAGCUUAUUGGACCUCGAAUAUUUAUUCAGCUCCUUGGCAUGUCAGAUAUUUCACUUGGUAUACUUGCCUGUGUUUCUCAUGCUGGUGAGAUGAUAAUACGAGGAAUUUGGUUAACAACUGUAGCCUUUUUCAUAUCAACUGUCACUGGUUGUACUUAUACUCUGAUCGAUGCUGUAACAAACUCUCUUUUGGGCAAAAUUGUUGAGCGCGAUGAGAUUGGAGGCACUUUUAGUUUGAUAUCUGUGAUUAGUUCAGCAAUUGCUUUAUUUAGUGAUUGGUCAUUAACGCAGAUCUUUAAUGCAACACUUCAUAGUGAUCCUGGUUUUUGUUUUCAAUUGUUUGCUGGUAUAACGAUAAUUCCAAUUUCUGUUUUCUUGUGGAUUAAUUACAAAAGAUCACAUCUAAUCGAAGCAAAAUCAAAUGAGACAAAUAAAGAUGUAAAUAGUCCAAACAAAUAAAAUUAGUUUGGUAGUGAAUAUCACAUGCAAUCAAUCAAUGCAUCAAUUCAUGAUUUAAGUGCCAUAAACUUCCAACUACACAAUGUUGGUCUGAUUUCGGUUAAUAGACCGAUCAAACUGUUCAGAGAAGCAAAAAGCAUGUCAGAUAAUCCUAGCACACUCAUUUGAUGUUAUUAUUAUAUGAAGUUAGGCAUAUGAUCUUGACUCUAAGUUUUCAAGUUUCAGACGAAGAAGCGAAGAGGUAAAACACGCGAAGAUCAUAAAAGAAAGUUAAACAUGGAUUACGCCGCCCGAAGAAUA